UUUUUUCCCAUAGAGGAAGGUUUACUCCCUUACUCUUUACGUCACGUGCUUUGUCUGUUUCAUCGCGCUUCAUCAGUUUCGUUUCGUGCCGUGCGCAGCUGACAUCGAACUCUGCGAACCCCACGAUCCCACGGACGGACGGACAGAUAACCGCAAUCAGCCGAGCCCCCUCGUCGGUGGCUAUCGCGUCGAAAAGCGAUGUCGGUCCACCUCGCGAUUGUGGCGGACUAGAAAUCGAGAGGAGGCAGCUGGCGGCUUCACUCGCGCCCGAAAGGCAAGCAGGAGCAGCGGCGGUUGCCGAGUCGCGUCAUGACAGCACCCAACAAGCCGAUGGCGUCCGCCCCGCUAGGACUUCGGCUGGUGCAGCUGGUGUUUCGUAAGUGCUGCGCUUCGAUUACGGCCGAAACGAGGCUCGCGUACUACCGCGGCUUCGUGCUCGUCUCCACUUUCUUGGCGUACACGUGCUACCACAUGACGCGGCGGCCUCUGAGCGUCGUCAAGUCCGUACUGCACGAAGACUGUCGGUACGCGCGGCCCGACGCCUCGAUCGUCGUCACCGAGAACAACAGUCGGACGUGGUGCAACUGGGCCCCUUUCGACGGCGACAACGCACCGCAUCUCUUCUCCUACCUCGACUCCAUCUACCUCUUCACGUACGCUGCGUGCAUGUUUGGGAGUGGGUUCAUCGCGGAGCGGAUGCACCUCCGCUACUUCCUCGGACUGGGCAUGCUUCUCAGCGCGCUCAGCACACACGUCUUCGGCAUGGGCCACAGCCUGGGCAUCCACUCGUUCGCCUUCUACUUCAUCGUGCAAUUCCUGGGCGGCGCGUUCCAGAGCACGGGCUGGCCCAGCGUCGUCACGUGCGUCGGCAACUGGUUCGGAAAGAAAAAGCGCGGACUCAUCUUCGGCGUGUGGAACGCGCACACCUCCGUGGGGAACAUACUGGGCGCUUACAUCGCCGGGCUGUUCGUCACCUCCGACUGGGGCCUUUCGUUCAUCGUUCCCGCCGCCAUUUGCGGUCUCGUCGGCGUCUUCGUCGUGCUCUUCCUCACGCCCUACCCCGAAGAGGUUGGAUGUGACUCACCGCGGCGCAAUUCGGCGUCGUUGCAGACGUCACUCUCUUCCGCGGUCGUCCGCCGAUCGUCGUCUUCGGCUCCCAGCGAAGGCGAGGAGGACGACGCGAGCGAAACCCUGAACGAAGACGAGCAGCAGUGUCUAAUAGAGAAGAGGUUCAAGAGUGAAAGCGAGAAAAAAGCCGUCACCUUCCUUCAGGCCCUGGCCAUCCCGGGCGUGAUAGACUUUUCCCUGGCCCUCUUCUUCGCAAAGCUCGUCAGCUACACCUUCCUCUUCUGGCUCCCGUUUUACAUUCAUGCGUCCACGUCGUUCGACUCCGAGGACUCGGCCUUCAUAUCGACCAUCUUCGACUUUGGAGGCAUUGUGGGCGGAAUCCUGGCGGGUUAUGUUUCUGAUCGCUCCGGUGCGAGCGCCAUUACUUGCGUGGUCUUCCUGAUAGCCGCGAUCCCAAUGAUGUUCGUCUACGAAGUCUUUGGCAGCGGCAGCCUCGUCAUGAAUCUCGUCCUCCAGAGCAUAGCGGGUCUUUUGAUCAACGGCCCGUACGCGCUCAUCACGACUGCCGUCUCCGCAGAGCUCGGCACACAUCCGACGGUGUCCGGUAGCUCCAAGGCACUGGCGACGGUGACGGCGAUCAUCGACGGUACAGGUUCCGUAGGUGCUGCUGUGGGUCCUCUGAUAGCGGGACUAAUUCUGCAGUACGGCUGGAACACUGUCUUCUACAUGGUUAUGGCAUCGGAUCUCCUCGCAGUGUUGUGCCUCUUUAGGGUUACCAAACACGAGUUUCAAAGACUGAGAUCUAGGAGAACAGUUAGAGCGCCUGUGAACUAGGGACGUUCCGAGCCAGCCUGUGUUUGUUCAUAGUCAGCAAAGACUCGUAAUUUGGCUGCUAUUGUUGGGGAGCCAGAAUGACUGUUUUAGGCUCGGGAGUUUUAGAAAUUCCACACUCUGAAAGUCUAGACUUUUUUUUGUGACAGAUUUAUACACUGUCAAGUAGCUUGUGCUUCAUCACAAGCGAGAUGGGCCUUAGGCGGCUUCCAGGGGAGCACGCAGGUGUAUGUUGCACAUCACCUGAGGAAUGUACAUACAUAUACAUAGUAUACAUAUGUGUUUGUACACACUUAUACAUCAGUGUUGUGUUAUGUGCAAGUGACUACGCAUUCCUUUUGUUAGCCAUACGAUCAUUUUUCAUCUUCAGUUGCACAUUCCAAACAGCUCUGAGGUUGUGCUUGUAUAUUCUUUCAUCUAGUUUCUAAAUUAACCUGUUCUGUGGAUAUGCAAGUGGUUAAAUCACUGUGUGCAGUAAACAAAUGAGCCAUGUAAGAAUCAAUUAGCAAUAUUGACAAAGCAACACGUCAAUGCAUCAUAAGAUUGUACAAUCACUCAUCUCAUCACCCCUAUUUUCCUUAUCUAGGCAGCAUAGUCUCAAGGGGCUACACUGGUGGUUCACAAAAAAUGUCACUCCAUAGUGCUAAAGACAUUUGUGCAAGCAUGACUAUUUGUAAAUUUUUUUAGUAUUUUUAUCCAUGGUUGUGUACUGGGAUGACCAGAAAAGUUUUCAUAUGUGCUUAUCUGGAAGGGAGGGAGCUUUCUGACCCCAACUCAGGAGAUUAUUAGGCUGGGUGCAUUGACAUUUCAUGAGAUUAGGCAUAAUCUUUAGUACAGGCAUUAGCAACUGUAAUCGUACAUGCUAUGUGAGCAAAAAUAGAAGAGAUCGACAAACUUUUCUGUUGACCAUGGUGCACAUGCUGCCAGCAGUAUUGCUGGCAGCUAUGUUUCUUGUAAUAUAAGAACCUGUCUUCCGGUGACUGCCGAAACUGCACCGGCAUUUCACUGCCAGUAGGCGGAUCAAGUGCUUAUGUGAUGUAGCGACAUUCAAAUACAGCGUGGAGAGAAAAGAUCUGAAAGCCACUAUUGUCAGUGUUGUGAGCGCUGUAUAAAAGUUGAUUGUUGCAGUUAUUAAAAUACAACUACAUAUAUUGUGUCA